CUAUCCUUUCUCGCUACAGGGACCGCAACCAAAAUCGCAUUCUUUGACCGUCGUAUUUUCGAUUGUUCGAACCGGGUAGCAGUAGUGUAAAGAUCAAACGUCGAAAAUCUGUGCGCGUUGUUAUCAGUGACGUGUAAAUAAUUUUUUGCUGCUUGACCACCAUCGCGAAACGCCACCCGGAACCUCCAGCCUGUUGAGUCGGAUGGAACACGCCAAAAGUCGGGGGCGAAAGCCCAUUGUCCUUGUUAAUUCGUCUGAUGCGGUGAAACGACCGGGAGAAUCAAAAUCCUACCGAGUUCACAUUGCACUGGGGCUGCUGCUCGUGAUGCUGUGGAUGUCAUUUCCAACGCUGUGCGAUGGUCACGGACAUUUUGAUGAUCGUGACCAUCAUCACCACCACCACGGACACGAUGAGAAUCCAAGUUUUAAGUAUUCAAGACAGGCUAAUGAGAUGUACCAAGAAGAUCACCAUGAUCACUUACAUGGAUCCGAACAUCAUAUUCAUCACCAUGAUCAUAGUCACGAUCAUGGACAUAAGCAUCAGCAUACGGACGAUCAUGAUCAUGAGCAUAAUCAUCAACAUACGGAUGAAGUUAGAAGUAAGAAUGUCAAGCCUCCAGUCGACACAUUCUACAUCUGGGUUCACUCGCUGACGUCAACUCUGUUAAUCAGUGCCGCUCCGUUCUUCAUCCUAUUCGCAAUCCCACUGGAAAAUACCGACGAAAUGCAGCCACGCUUGAAAACGCUUCUGGCGUUCGCCUCCGGUGGAUUGCUUGGUGAUGCUUUCUUACAUCUGAUCCCGCAUGCCAUUCAACCGCACAGUCACGGUGAGGAUGAUGGACACGGUCACCAUGGACAUAGUCAUGGCCACAGCCAUGGUGGAGAGGAAGGCCACGGUCAUGAUAUGCGCGUUGGCCUCUGGGUAUUAGCCGGUAUUAUCGUAUUCCUUGCCGUCGAGAAGGGUGUGCGACUAAUCAAACGUGAUACCGCCGGUGGUGGUCAUGGUCACAGUCACAGUCACGCAACCACUGCUAAGAAGGCAAAGGCUUCUCCACCCGUGUCCCCUUCGAAGAAGAAGGAUUCCAAGGCUACCGAAGGUAGUAACAAAAAGAAGGAUGAAUCCGAAGCGGCUAAAGCCAAAGGAAAAGCCGUCAAAAAAGAAUCCAAAAAGAACCAGAUUCAAAUCGCCGGCUAUCUUAAUCUGGCAGCCGAUUUUACACAUAAUUUUACGGACGGUCUCGCCAUUGGCGCAUCAUAUCUAGCCGGCAACAGUAUUGGUAUUGUAACCACGAUCACCAUUCUGCUACACGAAGUUCCUCACGAAAUAGGCGACUUUGCGAUCCUGGUGAAGUCAGGUUGCUCGAAAAAGAAGGCGAUGCUGUUGCAGCUAACUACCGCCAUUGGAGCGCUAGCCGGAACCGUUCUUGCCUUACUGGGAAGCGGCAGUGAUGCCGCCGAAUCCUGGGUGCUCCCGUUCACGGCGGGUGGCUUCAUCUACAUUGCGACGGUAUCCGUGAUCCCGGAAUUGCUCGAGGGAUCCACUAAGCUGUGGCAGUCGCUGAAGGAAAUCACGGCACUGCUGGCCGGCGUCGGGAUGAUGGGAACAUGUAUGAAAGCCAUAGAGGGCACGUAUGAGCAUUGAUGGGAGCGCCAACGUGUGUUACUACAACGUUUUGAUUGUUUUAUUUCACAUUACAAUUGAGUGCGAAUGUGUCGUGAAGUGUGAUUUGUUUCAUUUUACUAUUGUUUGAAUAAUAAAAGUUUUUUGUACCCGUUACACUUUGUUACACUAAAACAACUUGGGACGAACUCCCAAUCAAAUUAAUAUUCGCAAAACAAUCAAUAUAUUCUGUUGUUCUAGCACAUGGUGGAACAAUUUUCAUUAGAAAGUAGAUUUCACGAGUCUAAUAAAAAUUAUUAAUAAAGAUAUUUACAUUUAA